AUGAAAGGUAAAGUCCCAAAAGACUUCAAAGCUCUUGACAUGACUCCGUAUGAUGGUACGGCAGACCCAAGCCACCACCUCAGCAACUUUAGGAGUCGGAUGUACCUCACAGAUGCCUCAGAUGCAAGUCGUUGCAAGACCUUCCCGACCACCCUGACCAAAAUGGCAAUAAAAUGGUUCGACAGCUUGCCCGUGAGACCAAUCACAAGCUUGGACAACCUCACCAAAAAAUUUCUAGCCAGGUUCUCCAUACAAAAUGACAAAACCAAACAUGCUCCAAGCCUUCUAGGGAUAAAACAGGGAGAUCGGAAAAGCCUCCGCAGCUACAUGAAAAGAUUUAAUAAAGCAUGCCUCGACAUACAGAAUCUCCCCACAGAAGCAGCCAUCAUGGGACUUAUCAACAGUUUACGUGAAGGGCCCUUUAGCCACUCCAUAUCUAAGAAACACCCCACAUCCCUAAAUAAAGUGCAAGAACGGGCUGAGAAAUACAUCAACAUGGAGGAAAACUCCUGA